AUGGAUGUUCCUGAAUUCGAGGACAUUAUCAAGCAAAUCAAAACCAAUUUUUGGCUCAUCGGCAUUCCCUUCGAUCAACGUGGGAUAAAGCGAAGAUAUUUCAUCCUUAUUAUCACCAUAAUCAUUACUGUCAUACAGGAGUCAGCAUACUUUGUCUCUAAUAUUUCGGCUGAGAAUUUUCUAGAGUUAACACAACUAGCACCAUGUACCUGCAUUGGAUGGUUGUCAAUUCUAAAAAUUAUAUUCAUCACUUUCAAAAAACAAAACAUCUUCGAUCUAACCCGUUGCCUGAAAGAGUUAUACGAUGAAAUGCUUAGUGAUUCUAAAAAACGGAAAAUUGUACGAAGCGACUUUGUCUUUCUGAAAUGUUUGGUCAAAUACUUCUUCAUUAUGAACAUAAUUCCGGUUAGCAUUUACAAUUUUUCCACGCUGGUUUUCAUACUUUACCAUUACAACAUGCACAGUGAAUUAGUUUAUAGUUUACCUUACGCCGUGCUUUGUCCAUUUACAACGGAUGUGUGGUAUUCUUGGUUAUUUGAAUAUCUUCAUUCUAUCACUUCUGGUUUCAUAUGCGUCCUAUACUUCACGACUGUUGAUGCUCUAUACUACACACUGACAUUCCAUAUUUGUAAUCAAUUUACUCUACUUAAUAACGAACUGCAAUAUUUAGACAAAAAAUCCUCUCAUUGUCUUGGAGAGAUUGUUAUAAAACAUCAAUAUAUUUUGCGUCUUUCUGAAGAACUCGAAGAAAUUUAUCAAGCAAUAAAUUUGUUUAAUGUCCUUAUUGGAUCAUUUGAAAUAUGUGCUCUCGGAUUUAAUUUAACGAUGGGACAAUGGAGUCAAAUCCCAGGAGUUCUUUUACUCUUACUGUCAAUAUUAAUUCAAAUGUUCAUGAACAGUGCAUUUGGAGACAAUCUUAUAAGAGAGAGCAGAAAGGUUGGCGAUGCAGCGUUUUUGUGCCAAUGGUAUGAUAUGGAUAAGAUGGCAAAGAAAUUUAUUUUCCUCCUAAUUUUACGGUCUAACAAACCGCAGAAACUGACUGCUUAUAAAUUUUCUGCUAUUUCUUACCAAAGUUUCACAAAGACUAUCAGCAGAUCGUGGUCUUAUUUCACCAUUCUGAGAACUCUUUACAUCCAACCAGAUCAAUAA